AUGUGGGCAAACUAUGGUUACAGGUAUAGUAGCGCUGUUUGUUGUUUUCUCUCUGCUGAUCCAGGUAUAUCCGCCUUUGUAGAAGUUUGGUCAUUUAAUAGAACAGAAAAUUACUCAAAAACCUUUGAACAGCAACUUCUUCAUAUGGGAGCAAAGGUUUCAAAAACUUUGAACAAGCAUGUGACGCAUGUAGUCUUCAAAGACGGACGUUUGACUACAUGGAGAAAAGCACAGAAGAUGGGUGUAAAAAUAGUUUCUGUACUCUGGGUGGAGAAGUGUCGAGAAACUGGACUACAUGUUGAUGAAUCCUUAUUUCCUGCAGUAGACACUAAUGAAGGAUUACCACUAUUGACCAAAAAACACAAAUGUAUGCAGCCAAAAGACUUUGUUGAAAGAAGUCCAGAAAAUGAUAGGAAGCUGCAGAAAAGACUGGACCAGAUGGCUAAAGAAUUAGCUGUGCAAAAGAUAGCAAUUAAUGCUGAAGCCGAUGUACCAGUUCUACUGUUUGAAGACAAUGGUUCACUUGUGUACAGCCCUGUUAAUAAGAUAAAAGAUCAAUGCAAUGCGAUGGAAAGAAGAGUGAAGGAGAUGAAGGAAAAACGAGAAAAUCUGUCUCCUGCUGCUUCGCAGAUGUCUCAAAUACCUCUAAGCAGUUCACCAGGAGACUGCCCGCUCUCUACUCGUGUCUUAACUGAUUCAGAAGAUAUAUUGUUACCAGGAGAACAAACAGAAGACUGCUUGAACUCGACCAGUGAUUAUCUUUGGGGAACUGAUAAGUUAAAGAGACGGAAAAUAGAGAUAGUAAAACACGCCUGUGAUACUUGGACUGAUACUCAUGUAUCCAUGAGUGCAUCAGUGAAUUCUCCCUCACAUAGCUAUGAGCAGAAGAGCUUAACACCAAAACAACAUAACAGAAGAAGUCUAGGUGAUGAAAAUGAAGUUUCAGAGUGUGAUGUUACUGAUGGCUCUUGCAAAGUUUUUAAUGAACAAAAGAAUAAGCACAAUGAGGGGUUAAGAAAAGCUAGAAGACUCCAAAAGCCAACAAGGACACUAGUUAUGACGAGUAUGUCUUCUGAGAAACAAGAGACAGUAAUUCAGUUGGUAAAUAAACUUGGAGACUUUUUGUUCUCAGAUGUCGUGUGUGAAACAACAAGUCAUGUAGUUACAGGCAAUCCUCGUCGUACCUUGAAUGUUAUGCUGGGAAUUGCUCGUGGAUGUUGGAUUGUUUCUUAUGAAUGGGUUCUGUGGUCUUUGGAAUUGGGCCAUUGGAUCUCAGAGGAACCAUAUGAGCUUUCAUCCAGCUUCCCUGCAGCUCCUAUCUGCAGACUUCAGCGUCACCUAUCAAGAGGAAAAUACCAGCAGAAUCUCUUUUCGAACCAGCCUGUCAUGUUUGUAUCUCCUACCAGCCAGCCACCCCGCAAAAAGCUAAUUGAACUUAUACAGCUGUCAGGAGGGAAAAUAUGUAAAGCCUUACGUCAGGCAAAAAUCUGUAUCGGAAAAAACACAGGAAAGAAGUAUCAGGAAAUAAAAUGUUUAUCAGAAAAAUGGAUAUUAGAUUCAAUCACUCAGCAUACAAUAUGUCCCAUGGAAAACUACAUUUUUCAGCUGUGA